GAAGGUAAGGCGAGCUCGCAGAGGCAACGGCGGCGGCGGCGGAGACGGAGAGAGGCAGGCAGGCAGGCAGGGCGAGGGCGAGAGACGGAGGGAGGGAGCGAGCGAGGCAGACCAGACAGACAGACAGGCGGGCGGGCGGGCCGAGCGAGCCACCCGCCAGGCUGCGCUCAGCCCCGCUCGCAGCGGAGAGAGCAGAAGGCAGGAGGAGGGAGGGGAGGAGGGAGGAGGGAGGGAGAGAGGGAAUCCAGCUACCACCACCCAAAGCCAGCGUCUGCUUUCUGUCCUCAUUUCCUUUUCCCACCCAGCUCGGAGAGCAGAGAAAGGCAGAGAGAGAGAGAGAAAUAGAGACAGGCAGACAAACAGACAGACAGACAGAGCGGGAGGGAGGAGGGCGGCGGAGGAGGAGCAGGAGGACUACGCGGGGCGUCUUCCCUCCCAGCCGGGCGCCCGUGUCGCUGCCGCCGGCGGAAGAUAGACGCCCCCCGAAACCCCUCGCCUGGCUCGGACCCACGGAGCCGGCAGCCCAGCACUCCGAUGGGGAGGUUGCCUGACUGUCUACCCAUCGGCCUGGACCCCAGAGCCAAGCCAGCUGAGUGAGUGCCGAGGGUCCCAGGUGACCGGGGGAGUGGCACUGCUCAGGCCUCUGCAAAGACUACCCUGGAGAAGCUGAUGCUGGUGGAGACAGCCCUUUCUUGCUGAGUCCAGCCUCUGCAGAGCCUGCGCAGGCGCUGUCCACACCCCAAGGCCUGGGCUCAGGCCGAAGUUGCUCCACAACACCCCCAGCUGACAGCCAUCGACUGGCAGAGUCCCCAAGCACGGGGGCCCUCUGUUUACCAGAGAUAACCAGUGUGACGGCCCAGGCGGCAGAGCCGAGGGUUCUGGUCCCGGCUUCUCGCACCCUCAUGUCAGCCCUGGCCCCGCCCGGCGGCCCGAGGAGGACAAGGUCAGGAUGCGUGUGAAGCCCCAGGGCCUGGUGGUGACUUCCAGUGCCGUGUGCAGCUCUCCUGACUACCUCCGAGAGCCCAAGUACUACCCCGGCGGCCCCCCAACCCCCCGGCCCUUGCUUCCCACCCGGCCCCCUGCCAGCCCACCUGACAAGGCCUUUUCCACCCAUACCUUCUCUGAGAACCCACGCCCACCCCCUCGGCGGGACCCCAGCUCCCGCCGUCCACCAGUCCUUGCCAAGGGAGACGACCUGCUACCUCCUCGGGCAGCCCGGCCUGUCUCCCAGGCCCAUUGUCCCUCACCGGCUCCAGACAACAGCUCCCUCCGCCACUGGGACAACGGGCGUGUGAACCUGCGUCCAGUAGUGCAGCUGAUUGACAUCAUGAAGGACUUGACAAGGCUGUCGCAGGACCUGCAGCACAGCGGUGUGCAUCUGGACUGUGGAGGGCUUCGGCUGAGCCGCCCACCCGCUCCGCCACCCGGCGACUUGCAGUACAGCUUCUUCUCUUCGCCCAGCCUGGCCAACAGCAUCCGCAGCCCCGAGGAGCGUGCUAACCCUCACACCAAGUCAGAGCGGCCCAGCCACCCUCUCUAUGAACCUGAGCCCGAGCCCAGGGAUAGUCCCCAGCCUGGCCAAGGCCAUGGUCCUGGAGCCGCGGCCACAGCCACUGGUCUGCCCCCCGAGCCCGAGCCAGAUGGGCCUGAUUACUCUGAGCUGGCAGAUGCCGACAUCCUCAGUGAACUGGCCUCCCUCACUUGCCCUGAGGCCCAGCUCCUGGAGGCUCAAGCCCUUGAGCCGCCUUCACCACAGCCUGAGCCGCAGCUUCUGGACCCCCAGCCCCGCUUCCUAGAUCCACAGGCACUAGAGCCUCUAGGAGAAGGUUUGGAGCUACCACCCCUGCAGCCCCUUGCUGAUCCCCUGGGGCUGCCGAGCCUGACCCUGCAGGCCCUAGAUACCCUACCUGAUUCCUUGGAAUCCCAGCUCCUUGACCCUCAGGCCCUGGACCCCCUGCCCAAGUUGCUGGAUGUCCCCGGUCGACGUCUAGAGCCCCAGCAAUCCUUGGGCCACUGCCAACUGGCUGAGCCCUUACGCCUGGACUUGUGCUCACCUCAUGGUCCCCCUGGGCCUGAGGGCCACCCCAAGUACGCCUUGAGGCGCACUGAUAGGCCAAAGAUCCUGUGUCGCAGGCGGAAAGCCGGAAGGGGCCGGAAGGCGGACUCAGGACCUGAGGGUCGCCUGCUUCCUCUUCCCAUGCCUACAGGGCUGGCAGCUGCCCUGGCCGAGCCCCCACCGCUGCCACCGCCACCACCUCCUACUCUGUCAGGCCCAGGCCCAGUUCCCGAGCUGGAGCCAGAGUCUUCUCAAACCCCGAUGGUCCCCACCCGCAAAGGCAAGUGCAGGGGUGUGCGGCGCAUGGUGGUGAAGAUGGCCAAGAUCCCCGUGUCACUGGGGCGGAGGAACAAGACCACGUACAAAGUUUCAUCCUUGAGCAGCAGUCUGAGUGUGGAGGGCAAGGAGCUGGGCUUGAGGGUGUCGUCAGAGCCCACCCCACUGCUGAAGAUGAAGAACAACGGGCGGAAUGUGGUGGUCGUCUUCCCGCCAGGUGAGAUGCCCAUCAUUCUCAAGCGCAAGCGUGGCCGCCCUCCCAAGAACCUGCUGCUGGGUCCCGGGAAGCCCAAAGAGCCGACAGUGGUAGCUGCUGAGGCUGCUACUGUGACAGCGGCCACCAUGGCCAUGCCUGAGGUGAAGAAACGCCGGCGACGGAAACAGAAGCUGGCGUCUCCGCAGCCAUCGUAUGCAGCAGACGCCAAUGACAGUAAGGCUGAAUAUUCUGAUGUCCUCGCCAAGCUGGCCUUUUUGAACCGCCAGAGUCAGUGUGCUGGGAGGUGCUCGCCACCCCGCUGCUGGACACCCAGUGAGCCUGAGUCCGUGCACCAGGCCCCGGACACUCAGAGCAUCUCUCAGUUCCUGCAUCGUGUGCAGGGCUUCCGGAGGCGUGGAGGCAAAACAGGAGGCUUUGGAGGUAGGGGUGGAGGCCACGCAGCCAAGGCAGCCCGCUGUUCCUUUAGUGACUUUUUUGAGGGCAUUGGCAAGAAAAAGAAGGUGGUAGCAGUGGCAGCUCCUGGGCUUGUGGGUCCUGGUCUCACCGAGUUGGGGCAUCCACGCAAAAGGGGCCGAGGGGAGGUAGAUGCUGUAACUGGGAAACCCAAGCGCAAGAGGCGGUCCCGAAAGAAUGGGACUCUGUUCCCAGAGCAGGUGCCCAGUGGCCCAGGCUUUGGGGAGGCAGGUGCUGAGUGGGUCGGAGACAAGGGUGGUGGCUGGGCCCCUCACCAUGGGCACCCAGGAGGGCAAGCUGGCAGAAACUGUGGUUUCCAGGGGACCGAGGCCAGGGCUUUUGCCUCCACUGGGCUGGAGAGUGGGGCUUCAGGCCGUGGCAGCUACUAUGCUGGUGCGCCCUCAGGCCAGACGGAGCUCAGCCAGGAGCGCCAGAACCUCUUCACUGGCUAUUUUCGGUCCCUGCUUGAUUCAGAUGACUCCUCUGACCUCUUGGACUUUGCCCUGUCGGCCUCUCGCCCAGAGUCCCGGAAGGCAUCAGGAACCUAUGCAGGGCCUCCCUCCAGUGCACUGCCUGCUCAGCGGGGCCUUGCCACUUUCCCAAGCCGGGGAGCCAAGGCUAGCCCGGUGGCAGUGGGCAGCAGUGGAGCUGGGGCAGACCCCUCCUUUCAGCCUGUCCUGCCUUCCCGUCAGACCUUUCCACCAGGGCGGGCAACAAGCUAUGGGAUAACCCCAGCCACUUCAGACUGCCGGGCAGCUGAGACCUUCCCAAAGCUGGCUCCCCCACCUUCAGCCGUGGCCCGCUCACCUACAACCCAUCCGCCCGCCAACACCUACCCACCUCAGUAUGGUGGCUAUGGGGCCGGGCAAAGCGUGUUUGCCUCGGCAAAGCCCUUUUCAGGCCAGGACUGUGCAAACAGCAAGGACUGCAGCUUCGCCUAUGGCAGCGGCAAUAGCCUCCCUGCCUCACCCAGCAGUGCCCACAGUGCUGGCUACGCCCCGCCACCUACUGGGGGUCCCUGCCUACCGCCCAGCAAGGCUUCCUUCUUCAACAGCUCUGAGGGGGGCCCCUUCUCUGGGUCAGCUCCCACACCCUUGCGCUGUGACAGUCGAGCCAGUACCGUCUCACCCGGUGGCUACAUGGUGCCCAAGGGCACCACGGCUUCUGCGGCCUCUGUGGCCUCCUCCUCUUCCUCUUCCUUUCAGCCCUCACCUGAGAACUGUCGGCAGUUUGUGGGGGCUUCUCAGUGGCCUUUCCGGCAGGGGUAUGGAGGCCUGGACUGGGCCUCAGAGGCCUUUAGUCAGCUCUACAAUCCCAAUUUUGACUGCCAUGGCAGCGAACCCAAUGUGAUCUUGGACAUCUCGAACUACACGCCGCAGAAGGUAAAGCAGCAGACAGCCGUGUCCGAGACCUUCUCCGAGUCAUCCUCUGACAGCACCCAGUUCAGUCAGCCAGUCGGUGGUGGUGGCUUCAGGCGUGCCAACAGCGAGGCCUCAAGCAGUGAGGGCCAGUCUAGCCUGUCGAGCCUGGAGAAGCUCAUGAUGGACUGGAACGAAGCUUCGUCUGCUCCCGGCUACAACUGGAACCAGAGUGUCCUCUUUCAGAGUAGCUCAAAGCCCGGCCGUGGACGACGGAAGAAGGUGGACCUGUUUGAGGCCUCCCAUCUGGGCUUUUCAACAUCCACCUCGGCCACUGCCUCUGGCUACCCGUCCAAACGGAGCACCGGGCCCCGGCAGCCUCGGGGUGGCCGGGGUAGUGGGGCCUGCUCGGCCAAGAAGGAGAGAGGUGGUACAGCGGCCAAAGCCAAGUUCAUCCCCAAGCCACAACCGGUGAACCCCCUGUUCCAGGACAGCCCAGACCUUGGCCUGGACUACUACAGUGGAGACAGCAGCAUGUCACCACUGCCCUCCCAGUCGAGAGCCUUUGGUGUGGGAGAACGCGAUCCCUGUGACUUCAUGGGACCCUACUCCAUGAAUCCAUCCACACCUUCUGAUGGCACUUUUGGCCAAGGCUUCCACUGUGACUCUCCCAGCCUGGGUGCUGCGGAGCUUGAUGGCAAGCAUUUCCCACCACUGGCCCACCCGCCCACAGUGUUCGAUGCUGGCCUGCAGAAGGCCUACUCACCCACCUGUUCACCAACGCUAGGCUUCAAGGAAGAGUUGCGGCCACCACCUUCCAAGCUGACUGCCUGUGAGCCCCUCAAGCAUGGUCUUCAGGGGGCUAGCCUGAGCCAUGCUGCCCAAGCCCACCUGAGCUGCCGGGACCUACCGCUGGGCCAGCCUCACUAUGAUUCCCCUAGUUGCAAGGGUACAGCCUACUGGUACCCACCAGGUUCAGCUGCCCGUAGCCCACCCUAUGAAGGCAAGGUGGGCUCGGGGCUGCUGGCUGACUUCCUGGGCAGGACGGAAGCUGUCUGCCUCAGUGCCCCUCACCUGGCUAGCCCACCAGCCACGCCCAAGGCCGACAAGGAGCCACUGGAGAUGGCCCGGCCCCCGGGUCCACCCCGUGGCCCUGCUGCAGCCACUGCUGGCUAUGGCUGCCCACUCCUUAGUGACUUAACUCUGUCCCCUGUGCCGAGGGACUCGCUGCUGCCCCUGCAGGACACUGCCUACAGGUAUCCAGGCUUUAUGCCGCAGGCACAUCCUGGCCUGGGUGGGGGCCCUAAGAGUGGCUUCCUGGGGCCCAUGGCAGAACCUCACCCUGAGGACACAUUUACCGUCACCUCCCUGUAGUACCAACUGAAGUGCCGACUGGACCACGAGGUUUUGUUCCUGGCUCUGUCUGGUUCGUCACUGUCUGUCCAUCUUUGGUUCCACGAUGCCUGUGCUGGAGAAGUAGAUGCAGUCUGUGUCCAGUCCACGUGAACUAGCAGCCCACUCUGCACUGGCCAGUAAACCAUGCCCAAGACACCAUGGACCACGAACCUAAUGCGCUUGUUUCAACCCUACAUGAGGACCCUGUCUAGGGGAGGCUGGGUUCUCCAGCAAGAAGGCGGAUCCUCCACACCAGCCCUUGUGAGCUACAUGAGGAGGGAGGGUAGACAGCAGGAACUUCCUUGAGGCUGGAAAUGGAGCCUAACAAAUGAGAGAUUUCAGCAGUGAGAGCCCUACUCAGCCACCUGGGUCUCUGGCCCACCCCCACCCCAGUCCAUUCUGCCCGUGGUGGCCGCCAAAGUGCUUGCUGUUCAGCAUUUUUAGAUGCACAGUGUCUGGAGCCCCUAAAAUAUUUAUUGGAUGAAUUGAUUAAAGCACAUCUGUUCUUGCAGCUCCAUGCUUCACACCUUUUGAUUGCAUCCUUCCUCUCCAGCCUUGUCUACAGAACCCCGGCUUGAAUGCCUGCCAUGGUACAGAGGGUAUCUGGGCUUCUGUCCCAGCAUCCACCUCUGCCUGAGCCCCAUCUCUCUCUCUCUCUCUCUCUCUCUCUCUCUCUCUCUCUCUCUCUCACACACACACACACACACACACACACACACACACCCUUCCUGACCAGGCCGAGUCAGGAGGGAGCAUGAGAGAAGUCUUUAUAGGAUAUGCCCUCGUUUUCUUUGCCCUCACCUGGUUGCCCUCUCUUACCCGCUGUGGUCUCCUACCUGUCUGCCCUGUCCAGGAGUGUCCCCAGCAUGCCAUCAGUUCCUUUGGACUGUUCACUCAUGUCUGAUCAUGUGAGGGAUAUGGCAGGUGUAUGUGCACAUGCAUGCACACAUGUAUGCAUGUGAAAGAAAUAGACUGCAAGAAAUAGCCUGGAAGAACCAAGAGAGGAAAGGGUGGUCCCCUGAACGUGGUGGUCGGUGCCUGCCUUUAAUCCCAACACCCUGGAGGCAGAAACGUGCACUCUUGACUGCCAGACCAGCCAGGGCUACAUAGAGAAAACCCUGUCUCCAAAAGAGAGAGGUGAAGGCUCAGUGCCUAAAUCUUCAGGAAGUAAUCCUAAAAGUGGCACACAGAAGGGUGUGUCAGGGAACCUGUCGACACUCUCGGGACCAGGUAGCUUUCAGAGGGGAGGCCUCCUCCCUGGAGACACAUCUAUAUGUGUAAUAGUGUACAAAUGUGGAGAUGAGGACUUGUUACCUCAGGACAAGAUGAACUGGAAAGUGGGUGGUAUGCUCACAGCAGAUUGGGUGUCUGCAGAUGAGAAGCCUGUCUAGUCCAUCAGCAAGUUUUGUAGGUCUCUGUGUCCAGCAACAAAGGGGGGGGCUCUCAGAACCAAAGUUCAAGGCACCGAUCCUGAAAAGUGGAGGAGCCCCCCAGACCCUGAGGUCUUUGGUCUCAGUUGGAAGCCUCCUGUGACCCUUCACUGAACCUCUCGUGGUAUUUCUGCCUGUCAGGUGUAGUUUAAGCCCCACAGAAAUAUCUUACACAUUGAGGUACCUCAAAGGCCUGCAGUAACAUGAAAUGCCAGAGAAGUAGCUUGGUCUUCAGGCGACUGAUUUGCCCUUCGACCCUUGUGUCUGGAACACCUAAAAGUCUCAUCACUUGUUCAAGCCCUUGCUUUUCAGUAAGAGAACUGAAGCUCAGAGAGGGAGGGGCCUCCCUCUCCAUCUUCCGCACCUGACACUGAAAUCCGUUUCUGGAGGCAUAGACCAGGGAGCGGAGGUCGAGCCUUAGCGCAUGCCCUAGCAGGAAGUGGGUGUGGUACACAGUUUCUUACCAGGAGUGUACCCUCCCUUCAUAGAGAGAAUGGUUCUCUGGGCAGCCAGAUCUCUAUAUGAUCCCUAGCACUUUGAAUCUCUGCCCAGGCAAAGACCACCGAAGUCUCUAAAACUGCUGGAGUGUGAGGGUGCAGUGGAUGUGGUUCUAAGGUUCCUCCUGGAGCCACUAAGUAACGCAGUUGGUGUCCUGGGGCCAGGUGCAUACUGGAACUGAGGGUUCCGAGGUGUACCACACACAGGUCCCUGCUCUAGCAGAGCAGCAUGGGGAAUGGCAAGUGCUCUGGUAGCUAUGGUAACAAGGCCUUCUAAGAAGGCAUCCUAUAGGCAUGUGAAAGCUGAGGUGGACACUCUGACAUGCUGACCAGCCGUAGACCUUUCACAACGCUGCCAUUUGUCCACACGUGUGUGCCAUCCCAGCAUGCUGAGUGAGCUCUGAACUCAGCAAGUUCAGAGCUACAGUCUUCCUUCCCAGUGAGUGCAGGGUUCCUCCUCGUCCUGAGCCCCACAGGCCUUGCCUUGGCACAACCCUCUACCUGCAGAUGACCUGGAUUAGGACGCGUCUGCUUUGCUGUCCCUCCACGUCAGCAGGCUUUUUAGGGUGGAUCCAGAGCGACUGUGCUCUCUGCCUUGUUCCUAAUCCCUCAGCAGGGCUGCCUGGCACCUUAGCAUUUGGUUCGGUUUUCAGGACUUGAGUCUAGCUAAGUCUGCAGUCUGCCCAGCAUAACAUCCUCCCUGCACGAAGAACACCCCCACCCCAGCCUUUGAUUCUUCCCCACCCACCACCCUCCCCCAGAUUCUGCUUGUGCCUCUGGCUGGCCAAGUCCUAGAAGCUGGGAAGGCAGUGGGAGGGAAGGGUAAGGUGCUCUGGGCAGCUUAGCAGAGGGUGAGAAAGCCUCCUGCUGCCUGGCCGCAGGCACCAUGGGAAGGAAGGUUCUGGCAGGAACCGCCUGCUGGGCUGAGAUCACCAUGGAGACCUGGCUUACAGAGGGUCACUGGCAGUGGCUAAGGGCUGGUGGGGGUGGGAGCGAGGGGGAUUUAUGCAGGAUUUGUGCUCUAGGCCCUUGGGGGAGCAGGCAAAACUGGGGUUCUUCAUCACUCACUUUGCCAAGUAGUUUGCAGGAGCCCACCCUCUCUCCCCGUUAGUUACCCAGAAGAUUGUUCAUCUUGGCAACUGUCCCUCAACUGCAGAGACGUCAGCUUCUGGAUUGAGGCCCCCAGUGCUUGCUGAGCCUGGCACCCCACAUGUCACGGUCCUUUCCCUUCAUCUCUGCAAUUGGUCGAGCUUGUCACCCUAACUGUAGAGAGCUGACAUUCAUCCCUGCAGCACCUCUGCUCCCAAGAGCUGCUUUUCUGCUUACUGCCCCAAUUGUGAUGCAUCUGUCACCUUACAGACUCACCGGCUUGUCCUCCCCGCUACCCCUUACUGAGGUACAGAUCUGAUGUCUCAGGCCUCACCAACCCUUUUGCUUCUCUCUGCCUGGCCUCAUCACCAAAAUGGGGUGCUUCUCCUUCCCUGCAGGAGCCCACCUGGUGCCCCUGGCUCUCAGGGGUGUCCUGGCUAGUCCAACCAGAGGACAAAAGUCAUCCCUGGGGCUGAUUGCCCAGCAGACAGCAGCUGAGGCUGAGCGGAAUGCCAAUGUGGUCCUGUUGGAGAGGCAAGCCAAGAAAGUACAGGGAGAGAGGCUUUCUGUCGCUGCUGCCUGGCUCCUGCGGCUGUGGGGGAGGACAGGUGGCUCACAGAGGAGACUUAGAAGUCAGUUUAGCACCCCAGCCCUGCUCCUCUUCUGGGGGAAAUGGUCUCGCACUUGGGGGUGGGGAGCCAGGAUCCCAGACCUCUGAAAGGCAGGCAGUCUAACGGCCCAGGGUUCUGGGAAUGACCAAGCUGGUCCUGUCCUGGCUAUAUCUCAUCCCUUACAGCCACAGCUAUGGAUCUGGGUGAGGGGGUUGGGCCAGACUGGUGGUCUGCGUAGAGAAGAUAAGUUCCACACACGUGAUCAGAACUGUCUAUGGAAAAGAGGUACCCGAGUGGCUGUGGGGACUGGGGAGUUUGCUAGCUUCAGGAAGGCAGUGAGUGUCUCCACCAACACAGAUGGCAUUGUGUUGGAUGAGUUCUUUCUACCUUCAUCUCUCUCUCCUGGGAGCAGAGUGGGUGAGGGGGCCUAGGAAGAGAGGUGGCAUUCAAAUAAAUAGAAGCAGGCUUUCACCCCUUGUGGUGCUCCGCCUCACAAGCCUCUGUCCUUGGAACUUCUCUCACCGUGGAGGUUUGGAAGGCCUGUCUGGCCCCAGGAAAAUAAUAAAAGUGAUAGUUUUAGUGAUUACAUAUCUGUGUUGACUCUUCCUCUGUCUUAAACCACUGGAUUCAGCAACAAGAUCUAGGCUGGGUACCCCUGUUGUCCCUGCUUUACUCUCCUCUGAUGUUUGGUUAGUUUUGGUUUUCCCAGACAGGGUUUCUCUGUGUAGCCCUGGCUGUCUUGAAACUCACUCUGUAGACCAAGCUGGCCUCGAACUCAGAAAUCCGCCUGUCUUUGCCUCCUGAUUGCUGGGAUUAAAGGCUCGCACCACCACUGCCAAGCUUUGGUUGGGUUUUUAAAACAGGAUCUGUGCCUCCUGAGUACUAGGAUGAUACUCCUGCUACAGCUCACCUGGUUUAUUCCAUACUGUGGAUCAAACCCAGGGCUUCAUAUAUGCCAGUCAAGCAGUCUACUAAAUGAAAUCUGUCUCCAGCCCAGACUAACCUCAGACUCUCAAGAUCUGCCUUAGUGUUGGGAUUACAGGUGUGGGCCACCAUGUCUGCCUUCCUAAUAUCCCCCUUUUAAGCUAGGCACAGUGGCAGGCACCCUUCAAUCUUAGUACCUAGGAGGCAGGGGCAAGUGGGAGCUCAGUGAGUUGAGGCCAGCUCUAUAGUGAGCCCUGUCUGGCAACAACAAAAGGCUUCCGAUGGGUAAGCAGCUCUGAGAGUCACAGAGCUUUGAAAUAGUGGCACUGGCUUGUAAACUUAGCUUUCUUUCUCUAACUCCAGAGUCUAGACUCUAGUCAGUCCUAUGGGACCUGGCACCCUCCUCCGACCCAUCAUUGUUUGUGUAUGUGGGGUUUUUGUUUUUCUGAGACAGGGUUUUUCUAUGUAGCUCUGGAACUCGCUCUGUAGACCAGGCUGGCCAGCUUCUUUAGUCCCUCUCUCAUCUCUCUGAGCAUUUACAGAUGAAGAGAUUGCACUUGUAAUUGCAGCUCUCCGGAGGCUGAGUCAGGAGAAUCAGUAGCUCAGACCUAGCCUUGGUAUACAGCAAGUUUGAGGCUAACCUGGACUACGUGAGACUAAGCAGAAAGCAUCACCAAAUUAGGGAACUGAGCUUAGAGAACACAAGGCAGGCCCCAAGUCACUGGGGGGGGGGGGGCUGUCUUGAGAAGG